AUGAAGGUUUCCGGCAGCAUGGAACCUGCACUCCGGAGACACGAUAGAAGGGACAACGUCCGGUUAUUCAAGCCCCUCCUUCGCGCCUACGCGCUCGGGUACCUGUCUUCCGUCACCCCCAAAUUGGUGUCUUAUGUACGCCGGCUCCGCAAGAAGGACUGGACUGCGCAACAGAAACUUCAAGAGCUAGCUAAAGUUUUGACUGGUCCUUUGCGUCUGAACAGCUUCCCAACAGGUUGUGCUUCCCUGGUUGGUGGUUCAACUCUACUACCAAUAGGGUUGUAUCGUCUAUGUGCAUUGAUUACAGCAGGACUCUCCAAAAGUGACAUUCAGAUCUCACAAAGGCUCGACUGCUUAAUUAGAUUCGUCAUCACUUUUCUAUCUGGAUGGUUCAGUUUUCAACUGCUCAACAGAAAUCGUCUCUGUCUACCAAUAGAAGAUGUCAGAGCUAUCCGGAACUCCACAGAUCAGGGGGAAGACCCUGGUCAUGUUGUGGCAAAUCCGCUGGAGCAUCACCGCCCAGAAUUAGCAGGGAGGACAAUGGACCUCACUAUCUAUAUGUUCAUAAGAGCCGUAGAUGCGGUCGCGUGCGUUGCAUGGGGUCGCUGGUCUCGUCGCCGCCGGGUCCAGAAUCGCUGGACGACUAUCGAAUCCCUUGUUCCUAGCUUCGCCGACGCAGCUAUCUUUGCCGCGAGUGCCUCUAUAGUCAUGUGGGCAUGGUUUUACCUCCCUGAAAGACUUCCCGAUACCUACGAGAAGUGGAUCGGGGAAGCUGCUCAGGUUGAUUCACGAUUGAUCGAAGCCUUGCGUCGUGUUCGACGAGGAGUCUUCGUUUAUGGAAAGGAUACAGGCCAGGCACCUCUUCUCCAGUCGAUGUGCAAAGACUACAACUGGCCAGAGGUGUGGGGAGACCCAGCAAAAGUGGUCCCGAUCCCUUGCGAAAUGGUUCACAUGGGCUGUGGCCCCAGUUGUGAGAAGCACGCAUUGUAUCGAUUUGUCAAAACCUUCAAAUUUGCCUGUGCAACUUAUAUACCCCUACAAAUCAUUUUCCGUCUGCGCAGGAUGAAAUCUGCAACUGCCCUCCGUCGGGCCCUUUCGGACGCAGCACAGUCAUCUGCCUUCCUCGCAUCUUUUGUGAGCCUAUUUUACUACGGCGUCUGUCUUGCUCGGACACGACUUGGCCCCAAGAUCUUCGAUGCGAAGAUCAUCACUCCGAUGAUGUGGGACUCUGGGUUCUGCGUUGGUGCGGGAUGUCUCAUGUGUGGCUGGAGUAUAUUGGUUGAAAAGAUGCGGAAGAGGCAAGAGUUGGCGCUAUUUGUGGCACCCCGGGCUGCCGCCACGGUCUUGCCACGGUUGUAUGAUAAAAAGCCUGUGACAGGGUUCCAGGAAAAUUACGAGGUGCUAACGCGUGUUGCUGUUUCCCAGUAUCAAUACCGAGAGCGCGUUGCAUUUGCUGUUAGCGCUGCUAUUCUUAUCACUUGCCUCCGCGAACGCCCUAGCAUGGUACGAGGAGUUUUUGGCCGCAUUACGUCGAGUGUAACCAUGUUUUCACGAUUGCUCCCCUCCCUGGGGCGCUCUGCGCUGACGGGGACGAUCCCCCAGCGAUCAAUCUAUCUCCAAAAGAGCGUCUUCGAGGUAGAGCGGAGGUAUUUCUCGAGGAAUUUCCUGCUCCAUGAACAACGCAAUUCAUCUGCAGCGCCUUUCAAUACCCCACAAUCGCAAAAACGCAAUACUUCUGUAAUGUACUAUACUAUCAGUAUGAUCCUCGGAACGGUUGCCCUUGCAUAUGGAUCUGUGCCUCUUUACAAAAUGAUCUGCCAACAGACCGGUUGGGGUGGUCAGCCCAUCCUCACCCACCGAACCGGCGACGGCGAUACCUCUGCCCGUGUGACCCCAGUGACGGACUCUCGUCGUCUACGCAUCACAUUCAAUGGCUCGGUAUCGGAUGUCCUCCCUUGGAAGUUCACUCCCCAGCAGCGCGAGGUCCGAGUUCUCCCAGGUGAGACAGCGCUGGCAUUCUAUACUGCAACGAAUAAGGGUCCGCAGGAUAUUAUUGGAGUCGCAACAUACAGUGUCACGCCCGGUCAGGUCGCUCCAUACUUCAGCAAGAUCCAAUGUUUCUGUUUUGAGGAGCAGAAGCUCAAUGCGGGAGAAUCGGUCGAUAUGCCUGUUUUCUUCUUCAUUGAUCCUGACUUUGCUACCGAUCCUAAUAUGAAGGGUAUUGAUACCAUUACCCUAUCAUAUACCUUCUUCAAAGCGAAAUAUGAUGACAAUGGUGUUUUGACGCCAAUUGCACAAUAA